UUCUAAAAAUAGCAUUUACCUGUUAAAAUAUUUUACAAUAUUUGUGUAGAUGUUUUGAGAGUUCUUGCUUUUGACUAUCAUGUUACGGUUUUUAAACCAGAAAAGUAUUGCUGUGUUAUGACCGAAUAGCCUAUUAUAUGUUCUAAUUUCUAAUACAACGAAGUCUUAUUUUGUAAAACACAAAUCAUUACUGACACACAUCAUCAUGGCCGAUUAUAAACUGUACUAUUUUCCUAUUCGUGGUAGAGCUGAACUGACUCGAAUUAUGUUUGUCGCUGCUGGAAUUAAGUUUGACGACAUACGUGUCCCAAGAUCUGAUUGGCCAGAGAAGAAAAAGACCUUUCCUAAUGGGAAGUUGCCAAUGCUAGACUACAAAGGACAGUAUCUUACACAAAGCCUGGCCAUUGCACGGUUUAUUGCAAAAACUUGUGGAUUAGCGGGUAAAUCUGACUGGGAUCAGGCCCAGGUGGACCAGAUUGUUUAUACCGUUAAUGACUUGUCAGAAGAAUAUUACAGAUAUAAUCUUGAGAAAGAUUCUUCUAAAAAGGAAGAAAAGAUUCGGAAAUUGUUGUAUGAAUAUGUGCCUGAUAAGUUUGCAACUUUUGAGGGAUGGUUAAAACAGAAUAAAGGUGGAGAUGGCUUCUUCGUUGGUUCUACGCUAACAAUGGCCGAUGUAGCCGUAUACGAAGGUUUGACCAGCGUUUUGCAAAAGGACACAAAUUUAUUGGACACGUUUCCCAAAUUGUUAGCUCAUCGACAGAGAAUAGCAGGUUAUCCUAGAAUCAAAGAAUACUUAGCGAAACGGGAAUGCACCGAAGUUUAGAAAUAUGGACUUAAGUCUGUAUUUGUGGCUCGUGCAUAUUACAUAUAUACAGAUACAUUGGGUAUAUAUUUAUUGAAAUGUAGUCUCAUUCAUAUUUAUAAAAUACACUUUCUUUUAUUUUCAUUACAUACUUAUAAUCAUGUUAUGACUGGUCGUCGAGGUUUAUGAGCCUUCCCUCAACUUCUCUCAAUGUAUAUUGUAACAAUAAAAUAUGAACUUGUA